AUGACGGACGAGCACAAACUGCAAGAUUCACCAGGUCAUGACUACCUGCCCCUGCCGAUUUCGAUGAAAGUGCCCCAUAUGGACUUUAUUUAUCGUUUAAGCUGCGACAUGGCGGCUGAGAAUCACUCGGUGGGAGCGCCGUUCGAUGGUUCUCAUCGGAGGGUGAUCAUGCCAAUCGAAGGCGGCAGCGUCAAGGGACCCGGUAUCUCUGCGACAAUACAACAUAUGAGUGGUGCCGAUUGGGGCACUCAAGUUGCAGGCACAGAGUACAUGCGCCUUGAUGCACGCUAUACGUUGAAGACCGAUAAUGGUCAUUUCAUAUAUGUCCGCUCAAAGGGCAUCUUUUCCCCGCGGGAGGAUGACUUCUUUGCUAAAGGAGAACCGCACCAGAUGACACAGUCAGAUGUAGAAUGGUUCACACGUCUGCAAUUUGAUGCAGGUCCUGGGCCAUACAAUUGGCUCAAUGGGAUCAUGGCUAUUGGUGUCCUGUCGAUGCACGAUCGAAAGAUCAUCAUCGAUGCGUAUAGAGUGACGAACUUCCCAGGACUACCCGCGAAGGCUAUCAGCGUUAAAGCAAAGGCAUAG